AUGACGGGAACAUCAACUGUUCACUUGAAGGUUCUAAUUCCCUCAAUUGCCGCCGGUGCCGUCAUUGGGAAAGACGGAGAAGCAAUUGAGCGAAUACAAAAGGAAAGUGGAGCCAAGGUGAAAAUGUCUAAACGGAAUGAUUUUUACCCAGGACUGGAAACACGCUGGUACUACUUUCUUGUCGAGCUGAUCCACAAUCCAAUCGGAUUGGGCUGUUAG